AUGUCACAUGUCUUCGACGCUGAGGCAGUUGGUGCCUGCCGGGCAUUAGAGUGCGCCGUGAAGCUCCUACCUUGUGUCACAGGGGACAGCAGCAAUCCUCAGAUCUGGCUCUGCCUCGACAACACCUCAGUCAUCUGGGGCAUAUGGGGCAGGGCAGCAGCCUCCUCAAACUGGGCCUACAACCGCUGCCAUGAGCUCCUCAGACAGCACAAUGGCAAUGAGGAAGCAGACCGCUUGGCUAAGCGGGCAGUCUCAUCCACUGCAGCCCCAGCCUAUGGACUCGAGGCCACACCCACAGUCAGUGGGGUCCGCACAGUGGCCAAGCAGCUCAGCCAAGAGGCAAGGCGAAAGUGGUGGAGUGGAGCCUGUGGCAAGCUCUCUGACUGGUACCGGGGCUGGAGGUUCAGCAGGCCGACUGUGGAAUACCAAGUGAAGGCCCCUCCGGAGCUCACCAUGCCACGGCAUGCCCUUCACUGCUGGCUUGCACUCCGAUCCUCUCAUGGGGACUUCUCCUGGUACCACAGGCGUUUCCAGCAUGCAGAUGCAAGGCUCACCUGUGUCUGUGAACACAACAAGAGCCCAGAACAUUUGGUGCUCUGUCGACACUCACAGAGGCACCUUCUUCACUGGCCCAAGAGAACUGCUGGACUGCACGCAGUUCUACACACGGUACUGCACAAGCAGUUCCACGAGGCCGGCCUGCUGAGUACACCCACGGUAGCUAGUGCAACUGCCAGGGACAACACAGUCUAUGCAGACAGUACAGAUAGCACAACUGAGCUCAUCUGUUUCAAUUAG